ACACAACUUGGAGAUCUCUUUUGUUCUCAGAUGCUUCUUUCCUUCCGGACGCUCAUUUUUCUCGCUUCAGCGGCGCGGAUCGUCUCCGCCGCGACGGUUGGGCCCGUCGGCUCCCUCGUAGUGGCUAACAAGACAAUCUCUCCCGAUGGUAUUCCCCGAGCCGCUGUGCUGGCCGGGGGCACCUUUCCUGGCACUCUCGUCACCGGCAACAUGAGCGACAACUUCCAGCUCACGGUCGUCGACCAGCAAGAGGACAACCGCAUGCUCGAGCCAACAUCCAUCCACUGGCAUGGACUGUUCCAGAACGGGACAAACUACAUGGACGGUCCUGCGUUCAUCAACCAGUGCCGCUCUGAACAGGAAUUGCACAGAACGUACUGGUAUCACUCUCACCUUGCCACCCAGUACUGCGACGGUCUGCGUGGCGCAAUGGUCAUCUACGAUCCCGCAGACGCGUAUCUCUCCCAGUACGACGUCGACGACGAGUCGACAGUGAUCACUCUGUCCGACUGGUACAACGUUUUCGCAGAGACCGUGACCGGCGUUGGCACGCCCUCUUCGAUGCUCAUCAACGGUCUCGGACGCACCGCUGCGACGCUCGACAACACAACCCUCGCUGUGAUCAACGUUACGCAAGGCCUGCGCUACCGCUUCCGCUUGGUCAACACCGCUUGCGACUCGAACUACGUGUUCCAGAUCGACGGCCACACCAAUCUCACCAUCAUUGAGGCUGACGGCGUUCUGCACGAGCCGUUGAGCGUCGACUCGAUCCAGAUCUAUGCGGCCCAACGCUAUUCGUUCAUCUUGACCGCUGACCAGGCUAUCGACAACUACUGGAUCCGCGCCAACCCGAACACCGGUCCCACCGGCUUCACCGGCGGCAUCAACUCUGCGAUCCUCCGCUACGUAGGAGCCAACGCAUCGGAGCCUACUACUUCGCAAGACACGUCGACCAACGGCCUGAUCAACGAGGUCGACCUGCACCCGCUGGUGAACCCUGGUGCCCCCGGUGGCGCGUUCAGCGGUGGUGCUGAUGUGCAGUUGAACAUGGCGUUGGCGUUUGACCUGACUUGUUUGGAGUGUCGCCAGAGGUUCCGCAGGAGUGCCGCGGUGUGCUGUGGAGUCUGCGGCACACUGUUCUGGAGUGCCGCAGGAGUGGGAUCUCUAUCGCUGCCGCCGACGACAACGGCGUCUGGAGUAGUCCCGCUGCCUGCGCGAAUCAUUCCCACGUCCAUCAACAUCUCAGCCGACGUGGACAGCAUGUUGAUCGUUGUCGUUGUCGUCGAGAUCAAUGAUGUGGAGUAUUUGGAGUACCGCAGGACCCCUCCGACUGGAUCACUGAUAAUCUCCCAGACGACGUUCAAGUUCACGAUCAACGGCGACUCCUUCGUUCCACCCACUGUUCCUGUCCUGCUCCAGAUUCUGUCCGGCGCCGAGUCCGCGCAGUCGCUGCUGCCCAACGGCUCGGUGUACUCGCUCCCGCACUUUGCGUCGGUCGAAAUCACGCUCGCGGGCGGUGUGGUUGGUGGCGGCCACCCAUUCCAUUUGCACGGACACACCUUUGAUGUCAUCCGGGCUGCCGGAAGCACGACCUACAACUACGUGAACCCGGCCCGCCGCGAUGUCGUCAACAUCGGAGUCGCUGGCGACAAUGUUACGAUCCGUUUCUUCACGGACAACCGCGGACCGUGGUUCCUGCAUUGCCACAUCGACUGGCAUUUGGAGGCUGGCUUCGCGGUCGUGAUGGCCGAGGAUGUGGCUGACUGGGAGUCUGAGCUGAUUCCUACUUCCGAGUGGAACCAGCUGUGUCCCACCUACAACGGCACUGCCGGCCUCGAUCACGUCCCUUGCUGCCUAAGCGUCUGCAGUCUCAUGCAUUGGCUGUUGUACUGUCUUUACUCUGCUAACUUAUUCGAAUAGACUAUAUCCUAGGAUUUAAAAAUGAUCAACUGUUUGCAGCGCUGAAA